GUCAUAGACACUGCCACCCAUACGUCAGAGAUUUUGGCAGACCGUGGGUGAACUAUUUUCUUCAUUGUUGACCUUUCCUAAAUCUUAGGUGUAAUUAUUUCAUCAUUAGACGUGCUUUGGCUGUACCCAUAUUAUCUAGUUUACUUAUUUCGUCAACGUCUCGACUAUGGACUCUGAAGAUGACACCAAGGAUGAUGUGGAUUCUGGUAACGAGUCCAGUGGAGACGAUGUCGACUUUGCAAUGGACGUUGAGACCCACAGUACUAGGGAACGACAAACGGAACUGGAAGAAUAUCCAUACGAAGUGUUAUCGACGGAGGAAAUUGUUCAGCACAUGGUUGAUUGCAUUAAAGACGUGAACACUGUAGUGGAGAUACCAGCAACAACAACACGCAUACUUUUAAAUCACUUCAAAUGGGACAAGGAAAAGCUCAUGGAGCGGUUCUAUGAUGGGGACCAAGAUCAGUUGUUCUCUGAAGCUAGAGUCAUUAAUCCAUUCAGAAAACCAGUGAUACAAAGGCCAAAGCUACCUAGGCGGAUAUCAACAUCUGGUACAGAGGAAUGUGAAAUAUGUUUUACAAUUUUACCUUUGACGAUGAUGACGGGGUUGGAGUGCGGACACAGGUUUUGCACACAGUGCUGGUGCGAAUAUUUAACUACUAAAAUUAUGGAGGAAGGCUUAGGUCAAACGAUAGCGUGCGCCGCGCACGAGUGCGACAUUUUGGUGGACGACGCGACCGUCAUGCGGCUGGUGCGGGAGCCGCGGGUCAAGUUGAAGUACCAGCACAUCAUCACCAACAGCUUUGUUGAGUGUAAUCGACUGUUACGCUGGUGUCCAUCGCCGGAUUGCAGCAACGCGAUCAAAGUGGCUUACGUGGAAGCCGCGCCCGUGACGUGUCGCUGCGGACACACGUUCUGCUUCGCGUGCGGCGAGAACUGGCACGACCCCGUGCGGUGCUGUCUGCUGCGGAAGUGGAUCAAGAAAUGCGAUGACGACUCCGAGACGUCUAACUGGAUAGCGGCGAACACGAAGGAGUGUCCGAAGUGCAACGUGACCAUAGAGAAGGACGGCGGCUGCAACCACAUGGUGUGCAAGAAUCAGAACUGCAAGGCCGACUUCUGCUGGGUGUGCCUUGGCCCCUGGGAGCCACACGGGAGCAGUUGGUACAACUGUAAUAGAUACGACGAAGACGAAGCGAAAGCGGCUCGCGACGCCCAAGAGCGUUCCCGCGCGGCUUUACAACGCUACUUGUUCUAUUGCAACCGUUACAUGAACCACAUGCAGUCGCUGCGCUUCGAGUCCAAACUGUACGCGUCCGUCAAGGAGAAGAUGGAGGAGAUGCAGCAGCACAAUAUGAGCUGGAUCGAGGUGCAAUUCCUGAAAAAAGCCGUGGACAUCCUAUGCCAGUGCCGGCAGACGCUGAUGUAUACAUACGUGUUCGCGUACUACCUCCGCAAGAACAACCAGUCGGUGAUUUUCGAGGACAACCAGCGGGACCUGGAGUCAGCUACUGAGACCUUGUCUGAGUACCUCGAGCGAGACAUCACUAGCGAGAACCUCGCCGAUAUCAAGCAGAAGGUGCAGGACAAAUACAGAUAUUGCGACAGUCGGCGCAAGGUGCUGCUAGAACACGUGAACGAGGGCUACGAGAAGGACUGGUGGGACUACACAGAGUAAACACCCUUCUCUACUUCGUUGAGCAUCGCAUCAUACUCGUAAAGCCCCUAUUACACUAAUGUGUCACAUUGAUCCAGUGACAAAAGCCUUGCUGACUGCUAAUUAGAAUGAGAGGCUGAAACACGUGUACUGGAAAUAGCAUCGUCUAAUAGGGGCUCAAAACCAAUAUGCCAUUGAUUUAAUUCAGACGGCCCAAAUCAUUGAGUAUCUAAUUCAGUUCAGUGAAAUAACAUUUAGCAUCUUCAUGUUAUGUUUUUUCACUUUUUUGAAUUAGUAAGUGGGAUAGGCGCUUAACAAUAGGUUAUACUGUUCAUACGAAAAAAUGAAAAUUAUAGACGAAAAUGUGUGCUGUCUCAUUUUAUAGCGGUCCAAUGUGUAGGCUUGUUUAGAAAGGCUGAUGUUUGUAUAUAGUUGAUAGGUCAUUCGUAAUUCUACGAAACAUUUUAACAUAAAAGAGUACCUUGUUUCAAGGUUACCUUUUGCCUAUAUUGUUUAUGAAUUGUUCUAUUAUAAUUGAAUAAUAAAACAAAUUUGAGACGUCCAUUUCUGUGGUUAAUUUUUGGGAUCUAGUUAGUGUGUAGGUUAUUUUCACCUGACGAUAUUUUCCCUCGCAGUAAGAGCGUGUUAGCAAUCAAUAUAAUGUACAUUACUCUAAGAGAUAUUGAUUAAUAGAGUCAGGAAUGAAACUGAUGACAAAAUAUGGGAUGCUCAAGCGGGAUUUCGAAAGGGAAUGGAAUGUACUGAUCAGGUCUUUUCCUUGCGGUGCAUAGCCGAAAAGUUUUUGGCCAAGAGUCAAAAAGUCUAUUGCACAUUCGUAGAUCUGGAAAAGGCCUAUGACAGAGUUGAGAGGAAUGAAUUGUGGUCUGCACUUUCUAUGCAUGGGGUGAGCAGUCUCUUAAUACGAGCACUGAAAUCCUUAUAUGAGGAUUAGAGUGCUUGUGUCAGGAUAAACGGAGCGCACACUGAGUGGUUUAAGAUUGAGAAAGGCGUUGGGCAAGGAUGUGUUGCGUCACCGUGGCUGUUCAACCUAUUUAUGGAUAGUUGUUUGACAGAUUUGAAAGAGUCUGAAAGUGGAUUAAGGAUGAAUGAGUUACUCGUCAAAUGUCUGCUCUACGCCGACAAUCAGAUUAUACUGGCGUCAUCAGCGGAGGAGUUACAGGAGAUGGUAAACUGUAUGCAUGAAGCUUUAAAAGAGAAAGGAAUGAAAGUGAACGUAAGUAAAACUAGAACACUGGUUUUUGAAAUGGAGAAAGAAAUGACAGCAUGUAAUAUUUUGAUUGGAGGAAUAAAAGUGGAGCAAGUGAAAGAGUUUGUAUAUCUAGGAUCAAAGUUUACAUCAGAUGGCAAGUAUGAUAGUGAUAUUGAAAGGAGAGUGAACGCGGGGAACAUGGUGAAUGGAGCUUUGCAUGCCUUUAUGAGCAGCCAGUCGAGCCUUUUUGGAUAGUUUCCAAGUUAUGGGAGUUAAAGUUGGGUAUGGCUAAAGAAGCAUGAAAGCAGAAUAAAUGCAGUGGAAAUGAGAGCGUUAAGGAGUAUGUUGGGUGUGAAAUUGAGUGACAGGAUAAGGAACAGCGUGAUAAGGGAAUGUUGUGAUGUGAAAGAAGAUGUAGUUACAGGAAUAGAAAAGGGUAUGUUAAGAUGGUUCGGUCAUGUGGAGAGGAUGAAUGAAAGCAGGUUGACUAAGCAGAUAUACAAGGAGAGUGUGGAGGCAAAGGUCGGAGUGGGAAGACCUAGACGAACGUAUCUUGAUCAAAUUAAGAACGUCCUGGUAAAGGGUCAGGUCAAAAGUACACGAAACCGCCGAGCUUGUAUGAAGAGAGUUAUGAAUGUGGAUGAAGCGAAGAAAGUAUGCAGAGAUCGUGGCAAGUGGAAAGAGGUAGUCUCUGCUUACCCCUCCGGGAAAGAGGCGUGAUUUUAUGUAUGUAUGUGUACUCUAAGAGAAUCGUAGGCCGUAGUUAGUUAUUCGCAUUUGUGCAGUUUAGAACGGGCACGGUUUUCUUCAAGUUGCAAUAAUGUUCUUAUGAGUAAAACAUGGUUCUAUGUUUUUUUUUAGCGAGUUUGCUGAGUUAUUGUUCUGAGAAAUAAAAGCAGGUGUUUAGGGAAGACAACCGGAACAAACGCUUGUAGUAUGACAGUAUCUAUUUGGUAGACGUGGUUUUCGUAAUAUGUAAUUGUGGUAUCGAUUUAGAAACGAUAGAAAUGGCGAUCGAUUAACUGCUAGCGUCCUCCGGAGCGGGUUCUUUGUCAUCAAGUGAAAUUAAACUUUGUGUAGCAAGAAGUAAGGUUCAAUAUUUAGGCGCGCCGCCGGGUGCGGUCACUGACGAUCGUUUCGGAUAAACCUUAUGUGCUGGCAAUAAGGUUCAAUAUUGUGUUCGCACCGCCAUUCACCGAUGACAAAGGGGACGAAGUAAUAAGAUAUGUGCAAUAACGUGAUUAUGUCUAUGCGCUGUAGUUUUCAGUUGAGGCUGUCUAGUGUAGACUGAGCACACAUUUAAGUCUCAAUCAAAAACCAUUUUUUUAUGAACAGUGUGACUCAAUUUAUAAUUAUUCAUUAUCGCUUUCUCAUCACAUCGCUUGGUUUACAAUCCAACUAUCACUUAUAUUCGUAAAAGCCACGUUUGUGGUUUUGUGUGUCUGAUGUGAGCUGUUUAUAGCAUUCAAUAUCUGAAUGGUUCAUUUUUAUUUUAUUUACACAUUAUUAGAUCAGCACUGGCGUCAUUGGAGGUUCAAAACAUUUCUUAGGUAAUUGUACUUGGCCAGUUUCGGACAAGGCUACUUAUUUUUAUUUAUUACUAGCGGACCCGACAGACUUCGUUCUGUCAAAAAGAUUUGUAAUAUGACAGUUUUUUGUUCCUAUCUAUUAGACCUACAUUGCUAAGACAACAGUGAACUUUAUACUUUAGCAAUAAAGCUCAAAUUGACUGUUCGUAUUAGUUAGAAAACGUUUGUAUGGGAUAAAGAAAAGGACUGUUUUUAAGGUUUUUCAGGCAAUUAUUUGGGUAUUUUUUCGCCGUAAAAACCAUCCUUGAGCUUCGACGAAUAUUAAUAAAAAAGAAUUGGCCAAAUUGGUCCAGGCGUUCUUGAGUUAUGCGCUUACCAACUUAUUUAGCGAUUCAUUUUUUUUAUUAUUUGGGGUGAGAUUAUGUCAAAUCAUUAAUUCAUUUCGAAUCAAUCAAUGCAAUUUUUUGCCUGGUCUAUUAUCGUUACUUCAGUAAAGAUAAACAAAUUAAAAAAUAAAUAAAAACAAACAUAUAAUAUUGACCCAUUAAACGACUAUUUUAUUUUAUGUAUUAUAUAUAGAACACACUACAAUUUAGAACAUUAAUUUUAUUAGUAACUUACAGAGUUAAGAUCAUUGUAAGAUCUCCAUGUUUGGUACUGACGCUAAAGUCAUCACAAAUCAAUAUUCCUCAUUCAAUUAAAGAGCUUUGUGUUCAUCGAACACUUUAUUAAAAGCAUAUUGAAUUAAUUUGUCUGUCUAAUGUGUCAAAAUAUGUUUUCAGAAAUUUUGCUAUCUUGUUUAGCCUAACGGCCAUUGUAAAAUAACUUCAUUAAACGUAAAUUACUAUAGUUCAUCUUCUGAGUAAAAGUUUACUUAUGAUGACAUGCCACCGUGUAAGAUCUCAUUGAAUGUAUAUUUUUUGAUAUGAAACUGCUACAUUUUGUAGCCACCUUUACGUUUAAUUCAUGACUAUAACAAUUUUCAUGACUUCUACAUUACUAACUGUGUGGCUUGACUGUGAAGUUCUGACAUCUUGUUUUGUGCUGUAGAUAUCAAAUUAAUAUCUAAUAUCUGUUUGAUAAUUGUAAUUUUUAUUUAUAAUAUAGUAGAUAUAUAUGUUUGUAAUUUUAUGGUAAGUUUCAUUAGUACUUCAAGUUUUUUAUGUAAAAGAUAAUAACUAGUAACAAUAAUUUAGAUUCACAUUGUUUGUGUAGUAAUUUAAUUCCAUAAAAGCAUUACAGAUGGCUUUGCGGUUUUUGCGGAAAUCCAAUCGUAAAAUGUACAUUUAUUACGAGUAUGAGGAUGUUUAACAUAGUACUAUAGUAUUACCUUCCGCCAUCUUGGUAACCCCGUACAGAUCUUCGCAAUAGCAUUCGUGCAUAGGUCCCAUUUUAUUUCGACCAUAAAAUUUAGGUUUAAUUAUAAUAUUGAAUGAUUUUGAUACUUUAUAUUUAAUGUAGCGUCGUAUAACUCAUCUAGUGUAGUUAAACUUAAAAAUUCUUAAUGCUUUUCGAAUCUUGGUAUUACGAUAACCUCAUCCUCAAAUUUUUUGUAAUAUACUGUGGUUUAUAUUUUCAAGAUAGUAUGAAUUAAGUCAUUAUUUUUCAUAAAUAAAUUUUGAUCCGUAUAGUGGCACAACUUCUAACUAACGAUUUGUCGGUUAAGGAAAUAUGAGAAAAAUAUUUUUACCAAAAAUCCUAUUUUUGUUAUUAGGGUACUGUUUAAUAAUAACAUAUAUGGAGAUGUAAGCUAUUAGCUCAGGAUAGUGCGUUUUAUUCUGUGAUCGACUUUUAAUUUGAUAAUGCCUUGAAGGCACGGU